CAGCCAAACCGAACUUGCGGUCCGUGCGUUCAGUUACGAGUUACAAUUAAAACCGUCCGGUUCGUCCCUUCUGAAGCUGGAAGGAUGGUUUAAGUGCUAGAAGACCCACCACCCUUGGGCAAGGAAGUGUUACAACUCUUGGUGUGCUAUUUGUACAUAGCUACUCGCGAUAGCAGGAUAGGCGGGCUCGGGCUACACAUUAAGUGAAGUGCAAUAUAUAGUGCUUUAGUUUCUUUCUCUCUCUUUACGAAACAUGUUUUUCCGUCGCGUGUUUGCUAAGAACGCUGCCGGUUCCUCCAGCAGUGGUGACAGUGCGACUUCCUCGAAUGGCAAUACAGCAGGAGGCAGCAUGCAUGCCAUGCACGGUAGUCUCGGUAUGUCUGCCAGCGGUGUGCCGCUAGAAUCUCCGGCCCGGUACCGGCGUGCACUGAAUGUGGAGGAUAACCAUCGAGUGCUAUCAGUGCUGCAGCUGACACCACUUUGGGAAUACAUCAUUCGCAAUAAUGAGCUCCCGGUCGGGCUCAACAUGAACGAGCUGUUUCGGGAGUUUUUGGAGCGAUUGCACGAUCCCGAGUUUCAGGUGCGCCAACACGCACUGCGUGUCUUGAUUGACGUGAUCAUAGUGCUGCGAGAUGAGACGGACAUCUACUUUGCCCCGCUACUUCCGCCCAUCAUUGACAAUCUGGGCCACCCUUCCCCGGCAGUGCGAAAGGGUGCGCUGGAUGUGUUGAAGGUGUACAUCGCCCAAACCAAGCUCCCCGAAACCGUUAUGCUGGAGAUCAUGAACUACGGUAUGGACCGAAAUCCGAAAGAUCCGCUAAGCAGCCGGUACAUCGUGGGGGUAAUGCUGGCACUGCCUUCGCUCAUUCAACCCGCCAUUUUGACCGCCAAACGAACGUUCAUUCUGCGCGCAGUUAUCAACGCGCUCGGGGGCAAGAUGGUGCAAAUAACGUAUCAAGAGAUUGCGCUUAAAAUCCUGCUCAAGAUCAAAAAUACGAUCGGUUCGCGCGAGUUUUACGAGUGCAUUUCGGUGGCGUAUCGGCGUGAUUUUGACCUUCUGUGCAAUGUGUAUGGCUUGCCGAAUCCACCGAAAAGCCCGCGUCGGGAUCCAGUCAUUCCUCCCGGUGAGAUACCGCUGGGAAACGUUGAUAUGCGAAAAUCGUGGAAACCAACAGUGACUCCCGGUGCACCGAUGCCACCAAUGCAGCCACUCUCACCCAAAGCACAGCGCUGGAAGUCUGGUAGCCAUGGAGAUAUUUCUCGAUCGACGGUGACCAACGAUGCGGUGCGAUUGCGACACCGAGUUGGAUCGGACGAGCGACUCCCAGCGCAGCACGACUACAUUCUGAGCAAAGGACCCGGCGGAGGUCCACUGCUGCGACGCGUUAGUUUAGAGAAGAUUGACGAUUCGAAGGUCAUCAUGGAAACGGAGAUUAAAAUCAACAAGGAGUCGGUGACGAUGCGUAUCCUAGAGGCGGAAAACUCCAACUCCAACUCAAUCAGCGAGGAAAGCGACGAAGACAAUGCAAACAAACGGUUCGGAGUGGUGCGUGUCCUUACCGACAGCGAGCUGGAGGAUAGCGUCACGGUGAAAUCGAUUGCGGGAAGUCAGGCAACUAUGCAACAAGAGCUGCUGCACUCUUCCGACACGGAAUACGUCCGGAGAACGCCGCGACGCGUACGGUUUGGUGGAGAAAUUGUUAAAAUGCGCACCCCAGACAGCGACACAUUCGAUCAGAGCGAUCAAGAUGCACUUACACUCUCACAGACGUCAAACCAAUCCACACAGCUGCUAUCGUCCUCUUCAGCAACAUCGGAUCGAACGUCUUCAACGAUGGCGCCCCCUCAGCGAUCCUCGUUGAAAUCGGCAUCCUCGUCUUCUGAUCGUAGCAGCACAGCCUACUCGAACACGAUGAUGCGAAGGCAAUAUUCGCAGUCGGCAGAUACGGAACGAUCAUCACCUCCGAGCACUAUGGCGCUGUCGUCUUCCGACUUUAACAGUAGCUUCACCUCCAAACUAAGGCCCUCGUCGGCAAAGUCGAUCAUGGAAACGUCCGGGCUGAGCGAACUUAACUCGGGAUCAGAUCCGGAGGAUAACUUAGCUCCAUCCAUGGUAGCAAGCAGUGUUGCAGAGGAGGUAGAAAAUAGCGCAUCGCGAGCAUCAUCACGACCUAAAUCAUCUCUUACGCGUCCAAAGUCUGCAAAAACUCCUCCACCAGAGCCGAAGGAGAUACAACAGCCUGAACCGGUUAAAAUCAAUAAUACUGCUCCGCAACAUCCAGAGACGCCCGAUGCACAAAGCCGCCCAGAGCCCGACCCACUAACGGCGGCCGCUCUCGAUGCUAGCUCCAUCUUGGCCGACAAAAUAGAGGAAGUAAAGCAAGCGAUCCAAGGUAUCGAAAGCAAGAUAAACAACGUAGUAAUGCAGAAGGCAGACUCGAUCGAUACGGUACAGAAUCAUAAUGCAGGCCACAGCUCAACGCCCAAGCUGGAACCAAACCUCUCACUCGAAGUGCUUAUGAAAACCAAUCACAACGAAAAUGCGGCCAACCUUGAACAGGAUCCUUCCCAGGCAGAGCACAACAAGAAGGAUUACACCAAAGAGCUCAACAUCGAAAUACCGAAAGAAGAAAAGCUACAAAACGCUCCACCACCACCAUCGCCCAAGCCAGCCCAGGCCGCCGACAAGGGUGAAGGGGUAGCUCCCGUCACAUCACAAACCAAACCAAUACCCAAGAUCGUACGAUCAUCAGGUAUUCCUCGCCUCAACACGAUGCCCUCACCAAAGACGAUGCGGAAAGCGCACGAAACCCUCAACAAUGCGCCCAAGUCACCGACCAUCGGUAGCUCCGAUGGCAAAGGUCAGCUCACACCGCAGCCUGCCAAUGCGGUCCGCGGUCGUACGUUGUCGCGAAGCCGAUCGGCCACCUCUGCCACGAUGAAGCGAAGCGUCUACAUCAGCCCCUCAUCUCUCAGUCCCAAGCCGCACAGUGGCAUCGAGAUGAUUCACAACCUGCUGCGAAGUCCGUCCACCUCGCCGCACCGAAGCCGUCGAAAAAGUUCAAAUGUGAGCGAUGCAAAAUCGCUCGAUAUGAUUGCAGCGAGCGAUAAGAACAACAACAACACCCAGCUCAUAUCCAGUGUUAGCGAAUCGGUCGUCGACGGGCGUACGGACAAGUGCAUCAGCGUGAACGAGGAUGACAUCUUCGAUGUGUUUGGGAAAACCAUUGCGACACAAACGUCCGUCGACGAGCUGGUAGACCGCCCGGCGCCCUUUGUACCGUUUACUCGAACGCCUUCGCGGCUAGCAUUCGGUGCACCAAGCGAUGCAAAUGGAAAUGAAAUCAUCAGCACGCUCAGUCCAUCAGCAGCAGAUGGGCAUGAAAAAUUCGUUUCCUUCUCGAAAGAUCGCGCCCAUUCGCCGAACGUGUCGCGACCGGAAUCGCCCAAGCAAACGCAACCGCCGAUGCAGCAAAUAAUCAGCUCCUGGGAAGAUCUCGGUAUCGUGAGCCGCCUCACGCUUUUGCAGCUGAAAAGUCCGGACUGGCGGUUACGGUCCCAAGGUUUCUGUAGCAUCGAGGAAGCACUUAAAUCAUCCGAUAAUCUGGCAAAGGUACAACCCUAUCUCGAGUCGCUGCUGCGCACGCUGCUGUCCUCGGAGCGGAAUCUCGAUGUCAUUGACGAUAAGGUGCGCAUGUUGGUCAACCUGGUGUCCCGGCUGCCGCUCGAAAACCUGGAGGACCGGGUGGGACAAAUCAUGACCGGCCUGUGCCGGCAGGGCGGCCCAGGAAGCAACACGGUGGCCAAGGCACUGAUGCAACGAUUACCAACGGCGGCCAUUGUUCAGCGGUUACUAUCGGAUGACUUCCUGCAUGCCAAAAGUUCCAAGUUUCGCGAGAAUGCAUUGCAAACGGUGCUGUUUGCUUUAAUGACAUUUCCGAGCACCUACUUUGACAUCAAAACGCUUAUUUCCCGAGCGACCGAAGCGGCACUGGAUCGCAAGAAACGCGUCCGCCAUGCUGCGCUGGACGUGCUUGCUGUGCUGGGACAAAUUAGCUCUCCUAAAUUGGUUCUAGACGUUGUCUGUGGCGCUGUCGGAACACGCUCGGAAGGAAACCAUCUGAUCACGGCCGUCAAGGCACGCCUGGCUCGCAAGCAGCUUCCCUUCAUCGGCCCGGACGGAAGCGUAGAGUACGCAAUUAAAGUUCCUUCUAACCGGGCCAGCUCGGUCAUCAUGUUCGGUGCGGACGUCGAUUGGAUCGAGGCUGGUAGUGGGUCCGCCUCGCCCACCUUCAACCGGCCCGGGCGAAACAAAUAUCCUAGCUUUCAAGUGGAAAACAGUUCGUUUGAAGACAUCAGACAGAAGCCAAGCUUCACCGUUUUUGACGAAAUUAAACAACCGAUUGAAACAUCGAAAAUUGCCACCCAUUCGGGCUGGACAUCUAAAAUUCCGGUUUCAUAUGCGGAUAAUAUGGCCCAGCCAGUAGGACCGACCAAUGCCACUCGACCAAUGUACGGCAAUGGACAAUCUUCCAGGUCGUACCCGGAGCUGCUCGACAGCAAGCUGACCGCAGCCGGAGCAAAGCCCGGCACAAUCAACAACCGAAAGCUGGAGGGAAAUUUGUCCGGCAUACCGCAAAUAGCGAAUGGUAAACUUUCACGCAACGCAACAUCCUCCUCCUCUUCGUCAAGAUUUCCCGAAAUGGAUCCGAAGACGAACGGUAAGGCCAUGCUGGCGAAGAACAAUAACCCGUACGAAAUGAGGACACCGCGAAUGCGGGGCAAGCUGUAUUCCCGCAACAGUGAUGGGUUUAUGAGCGACACAAUCGCUAGUGCCAAUAAGCAAGUACACAACGACAUCCGACCCGCUACGGAUCCGGUGGUGGAAAGUGAAGGUUUCAGACAAUCGAGAUUUGGUAUGCGGUUCUACAAUCCGAAUCUAAUGGGAAGGCCGGGGGACAUUUACGGCGUUGGUGUUGGCGGUAGUAUGUUUGUGAAACUCGCUCCUACAUACCACCGGAUCUGCGGAAGCUGUUUGGGUUGCUUUCACCAGCUCAACCCGUCGUCGUGCACGUCCGAGGAGAGGGAAGAGGAAGAGGAACCAACGGUUCCACCGAUUUCCACCCUCCAACAGUGCAGUGAUAACAACAACAGUGCUGCCAAUGGCGCCAAAAGCGCGAUGAGUGUGUGCAAAACGAUCACCAGCGACGAGUUCGUUGGUGCCCCGUCCGAGGGCAUGCCGCCAGUGGCCCUCGACAGUAGUACUAGUAGUAGUAGUAGCAUCUAUAGCAGAAUUUUGCGAACGCACCCAGAAUUGGUGCGAUUGUGUCAGUGGUGUUUCUUCAAGCGACGAAAAGAAACUACCCCACCCGUCUGUGAUGAGACCAAUCUGGGAGCAAAUGGUCAGACCGAAGUUAGCAGAAUACCCUCCGAAGUGGCUUGCAUCAAGCUGGCGGAAAUUACCAGCGUAGUCCCCUUCGCAAAUGGGACAGUUUUUGAAACGCCACAGAAACUGUUCAUACCGCGAGCGUGCGAAGCAAGAGACGACGAGGAAGUGGAUGGUGGUGAGCUGGUCGUAAUGUUCCCGCCACCUGUCAUUGUGGCUAACGGUUACGGACCGCCGACCACGGCAUCGAGCGACGUGCUCAUAAUGGUCGAGUUCAACGACGAAACCCACAACAAACAACAAAUGACUACGCAUGUGCAGAAGCAGGAUGUAGACCAGCGUCCUAAUUUAUCACCGAGCAAAGGCUAUAACAACCAUCAUCACCACCACCACCACGAACACCAUGCGGCCAGCAACGGAGGCGCAAAUAAUCGGAGCAACAGUGCGAGCCAUGGUGAACAUCAGAACUAUUACGCCGAUUCCAACAUGGGCACCGGCAGCGGUACUGCACCGAGCACUCCGCAUCGGACACGUUUCCUGGGCGAGCAUCAGCCACCGGCGGGGGCAGGCAUUAAUCAGGAAAGCUACAUCAUUCAUCGGGACGAAAACUAUGACAGCGAGCAGGACGAACGAUCAAGUAACGAUUCCACCUCUACCCGCAUCAUCUCCAACAGUAUUUUGAACUUUCGAGAGCGCGACCGAGACCGGGUAACGGUUGGUGGGGAUGGUCCUUAUCCUAGUGCCCUAUCCGGUGGCAGUCGUCCUCCAUCGAUACCGUCCGUUUCGCGACCACAGUCCGUUAGCUCGCACAAGUCGAUCGGUUCGGGAGUGCUCAAGCAUCAAGCAACGCCGGAAGGUCGUACAUCGCGCACCAGUAACGCUUCGUACAGCAAUGCGUCCAUGAAGAAUGCAUCGAUGGGGGACAAUGUUUCGCUCAAAUCACACCGCUCGUUUGCGGUGAAAGCCCCUGGGGAUGAUCGUGCAGAUGGUGAAUGGUAUGAAGAACGGGCUACGACACCGAUUCAUAGCGAGAUGGAUGGAAUUAGCUCGAACCAGGUGCAGUAUGAGUCGGACUAUGAUGAGGAGGACGAUGAGCAGGUUCGAAAUCACGAUAGACACUUAAAACCCAAAUCACCGACCACUCCGAAGCGCUAUCCUACACCAAGUCCACGUCCUUUGCAAAGCUCGUACUCCACAGAGGAACUGUCCAGUCAUAAUGCCUACAGGCAACAGGAGGGAGAGGGGGAUGAGGAGGAAGAGGAGGACGAAGAAAUCGAGGAAGAGCUGGCUAUUUCCAGCCCCAGAAGCCGCGUGCAGUCGGCUAGCAUGGGCAAUUUGCAGCAUCUGGAUCGGAUAGAGGUAGCAGAAGAAUCUCCAGUGCCGGUUUCACCGAAAAAAAUUCGUAAGAAACCGUUUCUAGUGCGUCGCAGCAGCAAAGUGGCCCCCGUGAAGGAGGUCGUAUCGAGCGUGAAGGCAAAAAAUAAGCUCAACGAGGUGAUCUUUCAGAAAACGUUGCGCCGGUUCGAAAAGCCGAAAGACGCUCUCAACAAUUGCCUGACGCAUCUGGAAAGCCCCAACUGGGAGCAAAACAUCAGUGGGCUUCAAUUCUUCGUGCGACUCAUACGCCACCAUCCGGAGGUGAUCGACACCCAGAUACAUCUGCUGUCGGUGGCUCUGGCUAAGCAGGUGCGCAACUUGCGCUCUCAGGUGGCCCGUGCCGCCUGCCAAGCUUCGGCCGAGUUUUUCGCCACCCAUCGCCGGUGUCUGGAGGGUGAGGCGGAAGAUAUCGCAACGCAUCUGCUGCACCGUACGGCAGACACCAACAAGUUCCUACGGGCCGACGCUACCCAGGCGCUGGAGGCCAUGUGCGACAACGUAUCGAUUCCAAAGGUGGUGCACAUCAUUUCCUACAAGGGAGCGACGCACCAGAAUGCGGUCGUGCGGACGACGGCCGCCAAGCUGCUGAACAAGAUCGUGCAGCAGCUGGGCAGCGAGAAGGUGUUCGCAUUGCCUAAGGAAACACGCGACAAGCUCAUACUGACUGGGGCGCAUCUGCUACUGGAGGGAUCGCUGGAAACUCGCAACUACACCAAGAGCAUGUUUAAGCAACUAGCAGACCACUCAAACUACAGCAAAGUAUUAUUAGAAGUGAUACCUCCGCGGACCUAUAGGAAUAUAGAGAAAUCGCUGAACAGCAUUCGGCAAAUGUCUUAAAUCUUCUCCUCAAUCCCCAGCAACCGCUGCUGCGCUGGUAAUGUUAUGGUGGAGCAGUUGGUUGCAUAUUUCGUUUCGUUACCAAAGCCGUAGUGAAAUUCUCUUCUGUAUUCUUACUAAUAAAAAUGUACGUAAUUUAAA